GGGGUCCUCGGGCGCGGUCCUGUCACGCUCGCACGGGGACGAGGCCGCGGCGGCGAUGGCGGAUUUCGAUCCCUACGACGACCGGGCCUACAGCAGCUUCGGCGGCGGCCGCGGAUCUCGUGGUGGUGGCCUUGGUUCCCGCAGAAAUAAAGAGCUGCCAACAGAACCCCCUUUCACAGCAUAUGUGGGAAAUCUGCCCUUCAACACUGUCCAAGGAGACAUAGAUGCCAUCUUCAAGGAUCUCAGCAUAAGGAGCGUUAGACUAGUCAGAGACAAGGAAACAGACAAAUUUAAAGGAUUUUGUUACGUAGAGUUCGAUGAGGUGGAGUCACUCAAGGAAGCUCUUACAUACGAUGGUGCACUUUUGGGUGACCGAUCACUCCGAGUGGACAUAGCRGAAGGCAGGAAACAGGAUAAAGGUGGCUUUGGCUUCAGAAAAGGUGGCGGGCCUGAUGACAGAGGAAUGGGAGGAGGUUCCCGAGAAUCCAGAGGAGGUGGAUGGGAUUCCAGAGAUGACUUCAAUUCUGGAUUCAAAGAUGAUGACUUCUUGGGAGGUCGGGGUAGAGGAACCCGCCCUGGAGAUCGGCGACCACCAGGUGCCUCCAUGGGAAGUGGUGGCACAGGUCGCUUCAGAGAUGGGCCUCCCCUUCGUGGGUCUUCCAUGGACUUCAGAGAGCCAACAGAAGAGGAAAGAGCACAGCGACCUCGACUCCAGCUCAAACCUCGAACAGUUGAUACUCCUCUCAAUCAAGUAGCCAAUCCAAACUCUGCGAUCUUUGGAGGAGCCAAGCCCCGGGAGGAAGUAGUAAAAGAGCACGACUGAGUUUGGGGUUGAGAGGGAAUGGGGAGGCGGGAGAAAAAGCAAGACAGUACAGAGUGACUAGCUCUGCUGGAAUGUCAACCCUGCAGUUUACCAUUCCUGCCAUCUGGUAUUUGUCCUCUUUGAAACCGAAAACACAGAGCUUGUGAAUGCAUGUCAGCUGUUAACAAGUGGUUUUUAGUACGUUCUUGGCUUUGCUGUAUCUAGUGCCUGCUUCGUGCUGAGUUUCCUCUUCUGUUUCCUUCCAAGCAGCACAGUUGCCAGUGAUAAGGCAGUGUGGCUGCUUCCACAGGUGUGGAGGUCUCUGGACAAAGGUGCUGCUUCACUUCUUCCUUUCUGGGUUUGUUUUACUUUAGAAGCACAGGUUAGACUUAGUUACUUCCCUGUAUCAUUUCCUUUUACUUCCUCAGUGUUCCUCUUCUGACCUGCAUGUCUCGUUCUGUAUUGCUGUGGCUCUGAAGAGGAAAACUGAAGAGUCCAGAUAAGUUGAACAGAAAUUUACAGUUCUAACCGAGUAGUGAAUUACCAUUUAUGGCUAUUGGUGAUGGUCACUGUUCACAGCAGAGCCCCUURUUAAACUAAGGGGUGCAGCUGCCCUUUCACAUGGGUUGCCAGGAAGAUUAGUUUAAUGGAUGCCAUGCCUGACAAGCCUGGUGAAUAGCUGGUGGGAUCAGUAUGGAUAAAGCCUCUGCCAGCAGCCUCUUCCUGCUGGCUCUUGACUUCCAAAUGGUAUGAUGCUACUACACCUCUGAGCUCAAGGUUAGUGCUGCAAAGCCAUGCCUGUUUGAGCACAACUGCUCACUGGCUCUUUCUGCUUACUUUUUUGGGUUUUACAUGUUUGGUAAAUUUUUAAAUGAAGUUUCUACAAAUAAAAUUGACUUUUUUAUUUUUGUUGAA